AUGGUUUAUGAGGAUUACGGCUUAGAUAGAGGCCAUGUGAAUCUCGAAUUGAGUUACAUGCUUAGCAGGAAAAGCUUGAUGAAGCUAACUCAUGACACAACUCCAGUUAAAAUUGGGAAUUUUCGACAAUUUCAAGGUUUCAUCCGUCUCCGAAAGUCUGACCAAGUGCUUCUAUGUGUGGAAGUCUCUCUAAGAAGCAACAAGAAAACGAUGAAGACACAGACACUGAUGGAAAACCAAUCUGAUUAUAAUCAUGAUGAAGACACAGACACUGACAGAGAACGAUUUGACUAUUGCGAUGAUUCAGAUGGUGCUACAUCAGAUGACGAGGACUUUAGAGGGUACGGAUUAACUCCAAAAUUAGAUAUAGAGAUGAAGAAGGAGUAUAAGCCAAAGAUUGGUUGGAAGUUAAGAGCAUCACCAACAAGUGAUAGUCCUCGCUUUACCGUACGCAUCUAUGUUUCUGAACAUACUUGUUCAGUUACAGAACGAUCAGCUCGUUGCAGACAAGCAACACCAGAGAUUAUCGGAUCUUUAUACACUGAUUUCAUUGGUGGAGUGGAGCCAACCGUUUUGCCAGGUCAUGUGCGGCAGUCCCUCAACAUGUGCUUUGGAAUAAAGAUUAACUACUGGAAUGCUCACCGGACACUGAAAUGUGCAAGAGAAUUGGUUAGGGGAUCCGCAGAGAGUGGCUACCAUGAGUUACCUGUGUAUCUGCACAUGAUUAGAGAAGCCAAUCCUGGGACAUUCACUCGCCUUGUAGUAGAUUCUAGUGACAGAUUUAAGUACCUUUUCAUUGCAUUUGGUGCUAGCAUCAAGGGCUUUCCAUUCAUGAGGAAGGUUGUUGUGGUCGAUGGCACAUUCUUGCAAGGAAAGUACAAAGGAACUCUACUAAUUGCGUCAUCACAAGAUGGCAACUUCCAGAUAUUUCCAAUUGCAUUUGAGAUAGUCGAUACUGAAAACGAUGAAUCAUGGAAAUGGUUUUUCAAGCAACUCAGCUGUGUGAUACCAGAUGAUGAAAGACUUGCUAUUAUUUCUGAUAGACACAAAUCAAUUGGCAAUGCAAUUUCCGAGGUCUAUCCAUCUGCUAGCCGUGGAGUUUGUACUUACCACUUGUAUAAGAAUGCCUUGUUAAAGUUUAGAGGUCGCGAGUUAUUUGGUUUGGUUAAAAAGACAGCUAAUUCAUUCAGGCUUUCAGAUUUUGAGACCAUAUUCGAUGAGAUCAAAGCAAUGCACCCGGCUCUGCAUCGCUAUUUGGAGAAAGCAGAUGUAAGGAAGUGGGCACGCACUACAAGAAAAUAG